AUGGCGUCUGCCGCGACGGCCGACGAGCGCGAGAGCUGCAGCCAGCCGCCCAACCACAAUGAAAAACGGCCCAAUAAGCCCAGCAUGGCAACCGGCCCAAGUGGAAAUGGUAACUUAAUCACUCAAGAGCAUCACUACCAUGUUGAUACUUUCUUGGCUGCUAUUGAUGCUAUUAUCACCGAGAUGGACCAUCGCUUCAAUGAGUUUGAUGUUGAAAAGAUUGCUCAAUUAACUGAAAUGUAUGAAGAAGAUUUCUCUGACGUGGAUCGCUCUAAUAUAAGAGAACAACUUCAAACAUUCAUCCUUCACACGAGAAGAGUUGAACAAUUCAAGGCUUGUCAUGAUUUUAGAAGUUUGUCCGUACACAUGGUUAAAAGUGAAAGAGACAUCACUUUUCCAUUGGUCUAUCGCCUCAUCAAGCUAGCAUUGCUUCUACCUGUUGAAACAGCCACGGUUGAAAGAGCCUUCUCGGCUAUGAAUAUAAUCAAGAUAGAUUUGCGCAAUAGGAUGUUCGAUGAAUGGCUUAAUGACUUGAUACUCUGUUACAUUGAGAAGGAGAUUUUUAGAGGCCUUGAUGGAGAUGAAAUCAGGAAGACAUUUCAAGCCAUCAAAAAUCGGGCUAUUGACUUGCCUAGGCCACUAAGAAGACCUAGACACGAUUAG